UGAACACUACAGAAAGAAACAAAACUACCUCUUGUCUCUCUCUACUCUCCCAACUGAAUUCCUCCCGUAUAUAAAUAAAUCCAUUCUCUGCUCUCCUCUCUCUAUCUCAUUCUUUCUCUUUCUAUCUCAUGGCUUCAAUAGUGCUCUUGCUCUCUGUUCUGAUAGCAGGAAUAAGCUUCUCUUCUUCAUCUCAGGUUUAUAUUGCUUAUAUGGGCAAGAAGAACAACCACCACCCUGAUGAAGUCUCAUUACAAAAUCACCAACUUCUCUCUGUUAUUCAUGGUGGAAGCAUGGAGAAAGCAAAGGAAUCCCAUGUGUACAGCUACAGAAAUGGCUUCAGAGGUUUUGCGGCAAAACUAACAGAAGUACAAGCCUCAGACUUAGCGGGGAUGCCCGGUGUUGUCUCGGUGUUCCCAAAUAAAAGGAGGAUAUUGCAUACUACACAUUCAUGGGAUUUUAUGGGUGUCAGCGGUCAUGAGGAAAUGGAGAUCCCUGGGGUUUCUACAGAGAAUCAGGGGAAUGUCAUCAUUGGUUUCAUUGAUACAGGAAUUUGGCCAGAAUCACCAAGUUUCAGCGACGCGGGAAUGCCCUCAAUACCUUCAAGAUGGAAAGGCCAAUGCCAAACUGGAGACUCAUCCUCCAAUUUUACCUGCAACAAAAAAAUAAUCGGAGCAAGAUACUACUUAAGUGGCUAUGAAGCCGAGCAAAACACAAAGAAACCUGACAAGUUCGAGUCCCCAAGAGACAGCCAAGGGCAUGGAAGCCACACUGCAUCAACUGCCGCUGGCAGAUUUGUAAAUAACAUGAACUACAACGGCUUAGGAGCCGGUGGAGCUCAUGGAGGAGCUCCAAUGGCAAGAAUUGCAGUAUACAAAUCCUGUUGGGAUUCUGGUUGCUAUGAUGCUGAUAUAUUAGCAGCAUUUGAUGAUGCUAUUAAAGAUGGCGUUGAUAUAAUCUCGGUUUCUCUUGGUCCUGAUUCUACUCAAGGGGAUUACACUGAUGAUGCAAUCUCUAUAGGAUCGUUUCACGCCAAUGGCCAUGGAAUUCUUGUUGUUGCUUCUGCUGGAAAUGUUGGAGGUGCAGGGACUGUUACUAAUGUUGCUCCUUGGAUUUUGACAGCCGGUGCGACCUCAACUGAUAGAGAGUUUGCUUCUACUAUAGAUUUUGGCAAUGGGACUACUUUCACUGGGGAAAGCCUGAACACGAUUAAGAUGAAUGAACCAGUUAGAACAAUUCUCGCAUCACAAGCAAAAGCAGGAUACUUCACUCCUGAUCAAGCAAGUUAUUGUUUGGAUAGCUCAUUGAGUGCAACAAAGGCAAGGGGGAAAAUUCUUGUGUGCAACAACUCUGGUACUGAUUCUGGAUCAAUGAAGGAAAAAGCCGUGAUCGUGAAGAAGGCAGGGGGAGUUGGAAUGAUUCUUAUAGACGAAACCGAGAAACGCCUUGCUCUACCCUUUGAUAUACCCGGGGCAACUGUGGGAAAAGAAACUGGUGACAAAAUAUCUUCCUAUCUUAACUCCACAAGGGGAGCAACAUCCGUCAUUUCACCUGCGACGACGAUAACAGGAUCAAGACCAGCCCCUUGGGUGGCAUCAUUCUCUUCCAGAGGUCCAAAUUUAUGGUCACCGGCGAUCUUGAAGCCCGACGUCGUGGCUCCUGGUUUGAAUAUAUUGGCAGCUUGGACACCCGAAGAUAGAGGAAUGGAGUAUAACAUUGCCUCAGGAACCUCAAUGUCCUGCCCUCAUAUUAGUGGACUUGCUGCCCUGAUCAAAGCUGUUCAGCCUCAUUGGUCUCCAGCUGCUAUCAAAUCUGCUAUAAUGACUACAGCAACUGUUCUGAACAAGAACGGCGAAAUCAUGACAUCAGACCCUGGCGCCACACAAGCAAGCCCUUUCGACUACGGCUCAGGAUUCCCCGACCCCACCAAAUUCACAAACCCAGGUCUAAUCUAUGACACCCAAACACCAGACUACAUCUCCUUCCUCUGUGGCCAGGGCUACGACGAUGGUGAUAUCCAGGGAAUCACGGGCAACAACAAAGCCACUUGCAACCAAAAUCCAAUGCCAGCUUCUUCUGAUCUCAACUAUCCAUCCAUCACAGUUUUUGAUAUGAAUGCUAAUUAUUCUGUCGCUAGAACCGUGACUAAUGUAGGAAAACCGAGAAGUUCGUAUAGAGUCUCUGUAUCACCGCCUGAUGGAAUUGAGGUCCAUGUUGAGCCUAAGUAUCUCUCUUUUAGGAGUUAUGGCCAGAAGGCGAAAUUUGCGGUGAAUUUUAGGGUAGUUUCGUAUUCGCGUGCGUUGGAUUUUGUUUUCGGGUCUUUGAAAUGGAAGGCUGUAGGAGAUGUGCAGGUUGUAACUAGUGUUUUAGCUGUUAGGGUUCCAAAAGCUACUUCUGAUCCGAAACUGAUAUGAGUUUUAGUAUAGGUUGGUGCAUUUUACUACAGUUUUAUGUUUUAUGUUGCAAGGAUUAAAGGAUGUUUUGUAUAGACAUUCAAAUUUUAUGUAAGAUCAUUUGUGCUAUUUGGCCUACUGGGCUGUCUUCA